AUGAGAAGCGUGAAAAUGAUAAACACCUGGCUUGCCCUGACUCUUCUUUUGAUAUGGAUACCAAACGUGAAUAGUCAAUGGUGGGACCGGGACUACACGACUUUUGUGGAAAAUUUUCCACAUCCUGAUGGCACUCCAGGAUUGGAUGGCUACGCCACACCCCCGACUGAACCGUUUCUAACAUUAAGGCCCCUGCAAACUGACGAACCAACCUUGCUGCCCGGAGGUGGAACGGAGGUUGCGUGGACCCCGUCCCCCAUACCCUCACCGCCAACCCUCAGCACGG